AUGGCCAGCACUACUAAUGGGUCUUCCUUUGAAGGCUUGAUCCUGUCGAAGCUCUUUACGUUCCGCGUUGGCAAUCAACAGCAGGAGUUCACAGUACACUCUGGCGCCGUCGCAGCCGUAUCGUCACAGCUCAACGCGCUCAUCAACAAUGGCAUGUUAGAGUCUCAAACGGGUAGUGCCGAUUUGAGUGACAUCGAGCCCGUAGACUUUGUGCGCUUUGUCGAGUAUACAUACCGCAACGACUAUACUUCGCCGUCAUGGGUACUGGAGGAUAAAGUAGCCGAUGUCGAAGCUGGAAAGAGCGAGAAGGGCAAGGUACUACGGCCGUCACACAUGUCAAUAAGAGCCAGAAACGCUGCGUCACAAGUACAACCUCCACAAACCAUGCUCAGACGACAGCAGCAGCAUUUCGGAUCGCCGACGUUGCCACCAGUGACUUUAGAAUCUAGACUCAUGGAUCGGAUUUACCUGAGCGAUGCCGAGCCAAAUGUUUGUAUGCAAAAGGGCUUCAAACACCAGCCGAACACAGCACCUGAGCAGAAUUUCGCACCAGUCUUCCUAGCACAUGCCCGGUUAUACACGUUCGCGUGUAAGCGCUUCAUAGACCCUCUGAAACGUCUUGCUCUACACAAGCUGCGCGGGAACCUGCUGGACUUUACGCCAUUCCAUCGACGCUUGGUCGAUGUAGUCGAGCUUGUCAGAUAUGCAUACGAUCAUUGUGAGAAUAGGAAAAACGAUGGAACAGUUGACGAGCUUCGAAUGUUGGUGACGGAAUAUGUUGGAUGCCAGAUCUCUCUUUUCAAGAAUGACAAGGAUUUCGUACAGCUAUUGGAAGAGGGCCGGGAGUUCGCGGUCGAUCUUGUGCGAGUGAUCGGUGAAGACAAGCUAAGAUAA